AUGGAAUGUAUUGAUUGCUAGUUAAAUUUAGAAUAAAUAGCAUCUUUUGCUGGGUUGUAACUUCCUUGUAAUCAUCAUAUAUGCAUUAAGUGCUUGCAGAACAGACAUAAUAAAGAAAGAGAAAUCCAAUCUAAGAAUUUAGAUCAAGCUAAUCCAAAUUAAUAGAAUUAAUAAAAUCAAUUGCAUGCAGGGCAAUAACGUUAUUAAUCUUUUUAAAGAAAUAAUAGUCUUGAAAUGGGAUCUUAUGAUUUAAAAGAUAUUGUUUGUCCUAAAUGCUAUCUGAAAAGCCCUAGUUUAAAUAGUAAAAGAUAGUCUUAAUAAACCAAUUAGGUUGCUAAUACACAAGGCUAACAUAUGGCUGUUUAAUAAGGCGUAACUAACAAAAUGUAGAGAACUAAUUCUUUAAAAGGUAAUACAAUUAAUUUAAAAAAUACAAGUCCAACACAAAUGAAAUUAAACAAUAAUUGCGGUUCUCCUUCAUAGAUAUCUCAGGUUGUAUCUGGCUUUUUGACCGAUAGGGAAAUGUAUAACAAAAAACAAUCUUCAAAAUAUAAUAAUUAUAUAGAAGGUUCAAUCAAAAAAAACCUUGUUUCGCCAUCCAGCGUUUUAAGUUUAAAAAAUUAAAUGAAUACCUAAUAGCCUAGUCAGCUAUAACAAUUACAUAUGCAAAAUUCUGUAAUAAAUUCAGCUGCAGAGGGAGGGAAAAAAUUAAGCCCAGAAAGUAAGAUGAACUAAAUCUUGUAAAAUAAUAACUACGUCCUUGGACAUCACUCUAGCUUACCCUAUAAUAAUGUGAAUUCAAUUCAAAAUCCACUAAGUAUUAUUGGUUAAACUAACCAUUCACCAAAUCCAGUUAAUAGUAUAACUAGUGCAUUAGCCUAAAAUAGUAUAAACAGUCCUAGUAUAGGCAAACAAAAACCUAAUAAAAUUCAAAAUAGUUCCAAUAUGACUAACUCGUGCAGCAUGAACAAUUUCAGUACUUAAUAACAAUCACAUUUAUCACAUGUAAAUAAUAGCUUAGUAGGAGGGAGUCUGUAUGGAGGAUAAAAUUCCAGCUUAAAUUCUAAUAUUACUAUUUCAAAGACUAUUUAAAAUGUAAGAAAAUAGUCUUUAACUUCAGCAAAGAACUAGCCACAAGUAUAAAAAGAGAAAAUUCAAAAUUAAGUCUAAUUAAACUAAUAGUAAGCGGUAGCAUAGUCUUUUGUCAAUUAAUCAGUUAAUGCAGAUGAAUUCAAUUCUAAUCAGUAAGAGAUUUACUAUUAAAGUGAAAAUAAAGAUAAUUCUCUUGAAAAAAAUGAUAAAAUCUAAAGAAAGCCAUCAAGCAAAAUGAUAAAUAUGAAAGAAAAACAGAUAGAAGAUUAGCAAAGAAACCAAAAAAAAUAAUUAGAUGUGUUGAUAUCUACACAACAAAAAAAGAAUGACCCUACUGUAAAAUAGUAAUAAUUAUAAUAACACCUAAAACUUUACUAGUCUCCUUCAGUUAAAAACUUAAAGAAAGGAGCUUAUAAUUCAAAUUUAAAUAUUUAUAAAACCAAAGAAGCAAGUGGAAAUUAAUCAUAAGCAAGUACAGCAGCUUUUAAAUAUAAUAGCAAUUAAUAAUUUAAUUUUAAUUCAGAAUCUAUGCACUCAAAUUAUCAUCACUAAAAUAUCCCUAAAGGGGUUUAAUCACAAUCUACAUCUGCAGCAGAUUAAAACAGUAAUAAUUUGAAUUAAUUCAUUGAUUCUUCAACUUCAAGAUCACCUUAAGCAUCUAUCAAUUAAAAAUCAUUAAGAAUAGGUGAAAACUAAGUAGUUUCUGCAAAAAAUACAAAUAUUAGCUCAAAAAAUUCUAUUAACCAAGAUAGAAUUGCAUAAAAGUCUACAGGUUAUGCGGUAGGAAGUUAUGAUAUUAUAGGAAGUAAUGGACAAUCUUCCUAGUAAGGGAAUUCUUAAGCUAUCAAUAACUAAUGUAAUGAUGAAAUAACUGUUUAUUUUCCUCCAGAAGAUAACUUCUUACAUAACCUUUAAUCUCCAGAAAAUUAUAAUUCUGAUUAAGAUAUUUAAAUUGAACAUAUUAAUAAACAGUACAUAUCUUCUGUGCUUGAAUAGGAUCCUAAUUUAGAUAGCAUUCAAAAUGAAUAAUAGUUGAAUAAUAAAGAAGUGAUAUUAUAGUAAUUAUAGUAAAUUUCUUAGCUGUAAAACUAGUCAGCAGCACAAACAACCUUACAAGAAAAUGAAAUAGCUUAGCAAUAAAAUUAAUAUUAAUUUUAAUCCAUAUAAAAUUUAAAAAACAGCCUUAAAAUAUCAAUAAAUUAGGCAAAUAUGAAUAAAGUUAAUGAUGGAGGAAUGGGUACCUUAAAUUCAGGAAUUUCUUCAAAUCUAUAUUAAAUUCAAGAAAAAGAUUCAUAGCAAAAUACCUAGAGGUAAUAAAAUGUUGAUCAACACUUUUUAUCGAAUAUUAAUUGGCAAAAUAUUGAAUUAAUAUAAAAAUUUUAUUGUGAUUUUAAAAAUGGAGAACAAAUUAAAUGUUAGAUUCACAACGACAUUGUUUCUUUAUAUUGUGAGAAGGAUAAAAGCUUACUUUGUGUGAGUUGUCUUUUUGAAAGUGAGGAGCAUUCGAAGCAUACUGUAAUUCCUCUCAAAGCAGCCAUCUAAUCAAUAUCCAAUAAUACAAACUUAUACAGAAAUUAAUUGAAAGAGAAAGUAAAUACAAUUGAAGAUGAUCUAAAAAAGUGUGUUGCUAACAGAUCAAUAAUUGAGAGAAGCUUUGAAAAGUGUUUAGAUACUUUGAACAAAGAGUUUUAAAUUUUAAAAAAUCAAAUUAAUUAGAAAUAAAAAUAACUUGAAGAUAAAAUAAUAAAGUCAUUUGAAAGCUCCCUAUUUAAGUAUGAUACCCUCAUCGCUGAUUUAAGAGAAAUUAAAACUUGUGUUAUAGAAUCCAAUAAAUUCAACCCUAUUCCUUCUAGUACAAAUAAUAUCGACUUACUUAUUAAAGAUCAUUUCAUAUUUGAUACUUUAAAUUAAACUUUAAAGUAAGUUAAAUUAAGUAUAGUUGACAUCAAAAAAUAGGAUUUAGAAAUUCUCACUCUUAAAUAUAGAUAAGAUAUUAAAAAUUGCAUAGAUGAGUUCGGAACAAUUAAAUUUCUUCAUGACCACCACAUUGGUAUAAAAAAGAUGGACACAACUUCUUAUUAAAGUAUAGCUAAUUCAAAUAUGAAUUCCCCUUAAAGUAAGUAAAAAAAUCCUUCAAGUAAAUCCUCUGCUAGAGAUACAACAAAUUCAAUAAGCCCAACGAGAUAUAAUUAUGUUUAGAGGACUAUACAAGCUCAUUUUUCUUAAAAAACUGAAAUUUAAGACAGAAGAGGAAAUUUAAAUAAAAAAAUUUAAAACACAGCUGCUAACAUGGUUUCAAAUAAACAAAGCCAAAUUUCUUCUGCAAAUGAAAUAACUCCUCGAAGUCAUCCGUUGAAUGCAAAAGCAGCAGGUUUAUAGUAUAGCAAUAUAAAUUAAAAUAGCAAUUCUAAUAUCCAUAACUCAUAAAUCAACUAAAGCAACAUAAAUAAUAGUCAUAUAAAUAAUAGUAAUAUUAAUAACUAUAAUAAUAACAGUAGCAAUAACAAUUAAGCAAUUUUAAAUAGCAUAAAUGCACUUUCGUAUAAAAAUUCAAUAUUGAACUAAUCUUCAAACCAAAUACAACAAUUAUCAUCACCUAAUAACAAUAAUAAUAGUAAUAACAACAACAAUAUAAAUAUAAUCUAAAACGAAACAAUAAAUCAAAGCAACUUAAAUUAAUAGUAUACAGCUAAUUCAUAUUAAUUUUAACAUUUGAAACAAAAAUAAAGCUAAAUGAGUUAAAAAAUAUAGACUUAAUAGCAAGCAUCCUAGAAUUUUUAAAACCAACAACCUUUAACUGACAGAGAUCACAUUAGACCUAUAAAAAAUGAAAAAAAUUCUACAACAUCACUUUUUUUAUAAAACAAGAGAUAUAGAGAGUAAUAGGGUUAGAGUACUUCAAUAAAUUGA